CCACUAUAAUUACCUGCCACCCACUUUAGACUGCCUUUAGUUCAAUUAGUCUCCAACUUGGAAGUAACCGUAACGGAGUGGCCACCUCACUAUGAGCACCCGAAUCGAGAUCGUUCCUUCGACGGACAACAAUCCUUCGCAUCAUAUAGUGAACAACAGCCAUGGAGAAACCGAUGCGGUUCACAUUUUCAGCGGAAACGAAAUGCAGCCAAAAAUGUACACCAACCCGGUGAUAUACGACAACAAUGCUGACCGCGUGCGACCCUGCUUCGACAACGAAUGGAGUAACUUCGAGAAGACCCCGAACAGGCAGGCCGUGGAAAACUACGAUCGGAUCCAGCGCAGCAUGGACAGUAUGAACGAACCGUUCAACCACGAUAUGUUCCGAAAUGUGAUCGAAAAUGCUUUGAAUGUUGCGUUUCUGGCUGCGAACACCAAUCAGCUGCGUUUGCUGACGGAAUAUCAACAGGAAGCACCGACCUAUGUGGCCUGCGUCGGAAUGGUCAUCAUGUCGCUGGUGAUGCAAAUUCUCGUUGGCGUUUCGAUGGUUACGAUUUCGAUUAACAACGACCAACGUUGGAAGAGACUGAAAACUAUUGCGUCUGUUGGUGUGGCCAUUAUUGCCAUCGUUAACAUUAUUGUGCUUACGUUGAUGAAUGCGGUGUUGUUCAAAAAAUGAUUUUCUUGUUACCUAUGUUUAAUUGUUGAUGUCACAUUUGAAACGUGCACAUAUGUAGUUAAGCUUGUAGACUUAUUCAAAUAAAAUAUUUAAACUGUAUCUAUGCAUGCGUAAAAGUAGAACUCAUCAUCAGUCCACGUACUUUACG